AUAUAUAUAUAUAUAUAUAUAUAUAUAUAUGGAACAUAUACAUAUAAAGCUGUUCUUGACUAUUUUGUUUAUCUGAAAACCAGCAGAACCAAAGACUAAUAAUAACUGUUGAUCAUGUGAGGAAAAUGUCUUACUAGUUCCAAGUUGAUGUUUUUAUAUUUUUCUACAGAUGUAUAUUUCUCUAAACUUGUUCAUAUGCUGGAAAAGUGAACAUUCAUCAAUGACAUACUAAACAAAAUCUUUAUUUAAUAAUUAGACUAAAGUUUUUAUUCAGAGUAUUUCAUUCAUGUUUAAUAAUAUCAUUUAAAAUGUCUUACUUUAAACAAAGAUUUACCAUUUUUAAAAAGAGUGUAAAUUGUGUUUUUAUAUAUUUUAAUAUAUAAUCUGCCAUUAAAACGAAUAAGUAUCAUAAACAGAAAGCUGUCCUUCUGUAAUCUCUUUAUUUAUAUUUGUAUUAUCUGUAUCUUUAUUGACCUCUUAUUUAUCUCUAUCCUUAGCUGACAAACUGUUAAUAGAUGAAGAAGGAGAAUAAGAAGGGAAAUAAGAAGUAGAGGAAGAAAGAGGAGAAAGAACAAGGAGGUUAUUUGGACUUAUUUUAACUCACGCUUGUAGAAAUAAACAUGGAUCAAACAUCUAAUCACACUAUUAAUAAUACACAGUGGAAUAAUGGCUUUAAUAAGCCAGUAAACCAGUCCAGAGUUCCUCCCUGCGCAGAUCCAGGACCAGGUCUCAGCUCGUCUCCCGGAUCCCUCUCACUGUCCAAUUAGCGUUUGGCCGUGACGUCAUCUCCUGAAUAUGAAUCCCCAGCUGGUCCAAUAAGGAUCCGUGCCGGACUGAGGUGGACCGGGACGGACCGGGAUUUCACAUCACUUGAUCCCGGUGGACAGCAUCCCCGGACUCCUCGCUGUGCUCCCGGACCGGGUUCUAGGAUGAGACCAGAUAGAUGAGGAGGUCAUGGAGACCCGGAGCUGUGGAGACCGACUCGUGUGCACCGUGACCCUGCUGCUGCUCUGCGCGUGCCCGCCGUGCUGCAGAGCCUCGUGGAUGAGGCUGGGUCUGGGUCCCUCGGGGGGUCCUGAGGACCAGGACUGUGCUGCCCUCCCCCUGAGCCCCGGCCAGGCGGCGCUCUGCAGGGAGAAGCCCUUCCUGCUGCCCGGCGUGCGGCGUGGCGCCCAGCUCGCCAUUGCUGAAUGUCAGAACCAGUUCAAACAUGAGAGGUGGAACUGCUCCACCCGCGAGGACGCCUCCGUGUUCGGGACUGAGUCAAACAGCGGAACUAAAGAAACCGCAUUCAUCCACGCCAUGAUGGCGGCGGGACUAGUCCACGGCGUCACGCGCUCCUGCAGUCAGGGAAACAUGACGGAGUGCGGCUGCGACACACAGCUGCAGGGAGGCGGGUCGCCGGCUGAGGGGUGGCACUGGGGGGGCUGCUCAGACCACAUCCAGUACGGGAUCUGGUUUAGCCGAAAGUUCAUUGACAGCAGCGUCAGAAACACUUCGGCGUCGGGGGGAUACACUCUGGUUGCCAUGAACCAGCACAACAGUGAGAGCGGACGCCAGGCGGUUGUCAGGACGAUGGCGACGCACUGCCGCUGCCACGGCGUCUCCGGCUCCUGUGGCGUGAAGACUUGCUGGAAGACAGUGGCGGCUCUGGAGCAGGUGGGCGUUUACCUGAAGGAGCGCUACGAGCGCAGCGUCCAGGUGUGGGGGCGGUCCAGGAGGAAGACCAGGAGGAAGGAGCGUCGCCCCCCUGUCGAGCCGCACCAACUCAUCUUCGUCAACAAGUCCCCUAACUACUGCCUGGAGGACCGGCGGUGGGGCGUGGCCGGCACCAGAGGACGCCGCUGCAACCGAACGUCCACCGGCCCCGACAGCUGCGUCCUGUUGUGCUGCGGCCGGGGCUACAAUACCCACCUGGUGAGACAUGUCCAACGCUGUGAGUGCAAGUUCGUCUGGUGCUGCUACGUCCACUGCCGACGCUGCGAGAGCAUGAACGACAUGCACACCUGUAAGUGAAGACCGGAAGGUACCUGGAGACAAUACACCUGGAGAUAGAGACAAUACACCCAGAGAUGGAGACAAUACACCCGGAGAUGGAGACAAUACACCCAGAGAUGAAGACAAUACACCCAGAGAUAGAGACAAUACACCCAGAGAUGAAGACAAUACACCCAGAGAUGGAGACAAUACACCUGGAGAUAGAGACAAUACACCCAGAGAUGGAGACAAUACAC